AUGAAGUCACAAGAAGAUAAACAGAAUGUUACAGAAUUUUUAAUCCAAGGUUUGAUUGACAUCCCAGAGUUGCAGCCCCCAAUCUUUUUUUUAUUUCUUCUCAGCUAUAUAAUUAUUUUAUUGGGAAACAUGACUAUUUUUGUUCUGAUUUUGAGUAAUUCCCGCCUUCACACACCUAUGUACUUUUUUCUGAUGAACCUUUCUUUAACUGACAUUGGUAACACGUCAAAUAUUCUUCCAAAAAUUCUAAAUAUUCUCCUAACGCAACAUAAGACCAUUUCCUUUGUGGGAUGUAUAGCUCAGAUGUAUGUAUUUAUGAGUCUGACAAUUACCGAUGCUCUAAUUCUCACCGCCAUGGCUUAUGACCGAUAUGUGGCAAUUUGUCACCCCCUCCAUUACUUCAUCUUCAUGAGUUUACGACACACCCUUAUACUUGCAUUUGUUUCAUGGACCAUUGGAUUUCUAGAUCCCGCAGGACAUGCUACUCUUAUAUCUAACUUGUCCUUUUGUGAUUCUCAUCUCAUUGAUCACAUUUUUUGUGAUAUUACACCGUUGCUGAAGAUCUCCUGCAGCGACAACUUUAAAGUGGAGAUGUUGACCUUCAUAGAAGGUGCACUAUUUGCUGUUCUUGCUUUCCUGCUCACUUUCCUCUCUUAUGCAUUUAUUGUCACUUCUGUUUUGAAAAUAAAGUCAUCAGAAGGUCGAAGAAAGACAUUUUCCACCUGCAUCUCCCAUCUGACCUGCGUUACUGUCUUUUAUGGAACUUUAAUUUCUCUGUAUAUGAGACCAUCAUCGGAUUAUUCUCCCAAACACGACAAAUUUUUUGCUCUUUUAUACAUUGUCUUGAUUCCAAUCCUUAAUCCUGUCAUAUACACACUGAAAAAUCAGGAGAUUAAGAAUACUUUGAGGAAACUGGUCAACAAGAUGACAUAG